AUGUGCUGCCACGAGGCCAUCCAGCAGGAUACGUGCAGGGCUGUCGUCUCUGUCGGAUCAGUCUUUCCCAGUCUUCUCUACUCGGCCCUGCUUUUCGGAGCGCUGCACAAGGCGUCGAGGAUACACCGGGAUGUCAGCCGGAAGGAGCUUGACAUUCGCAUAAUGGAGCUGCGAGCUUCCGCAUUGGCCUCGCUGCAGACGGAGCUGCAUCACCGGCACCACGACACCAACGGUGCACCUGUCAUUGCCACCACUCUCAUGCUGGCCACCUGCGAGCUGCACUUUGACCCUGAUGCCAGUUUUUGGCGAAGACAUUUCGAUUGCGCGAGCUUGUUGAUGACAGGUUCGUGUCAAGGACGCCAAACUCCGACGGACAAUACGGAGCUCUGGCGUCUAAUAUACAGGCUAUUCUCGCUCAUGGACUUCCUCAUCUCGUUACCAGCCCCGCGUUCCGCGAUGUCUUGUCCCAUCACAUGCGAAAGCCGCACCAAAGAACUGCCCUUGGUGGAGAGUGUCGGGGUGAUUGACGGCAAUCUGGCGUGCUCGCGAGACCUGCUUGUCGUUUUCAAGUGGAUCAAGACGCUGGAGGAUAUUCGACAAGUCUCAGACCAUGACGAGAUAUUGGACCUUGGGUUUGAUUCUGAAGACAUCAUACGCCUCGCGGAGGCUAUGCCGAAGCGCGAGGGUCUGCAUCCCUCCAUUGUACUGUCUACAGCCCUGUUUGUCGCUGGCUGUGAAGCGACAGGCGAGGCCCGAAGUGAUAUCAGAUCGCUUUUGCAGAUACAGUACGACAUUACUGGGAACCAGGGUGCACAUCGAACUUUGCAGAAGCUCGACGCACUAUGGGAGCUCACGCUAGAUGGGCCAGGGAAUAGGCUCACUCAAACAUUGCCAGUUGUUAAUUUGGAUAAUUUUGUGCCUUACUAG